AUGGCAGAGGAUGUCCACAUGGUGGAAGAGGAGGAAAUUUGUGAGGUCGUGGAGGCUGGGGAAAUGGUAAUGCAGGUAGAGGAUAAGUGCAGCCAGGAGUUGUAUGCCAAAUUUUCCAAGUGUGAGUUUUGGUUGACUUCAGUUGCCUUCUUGGGGCAUGUGGUUUCAAAUGAAGGGAUAAUGGUAGAUCCUCAAAAUAUCGAAGUAGCCAAGAAUUGGGUCCGGCCUGGCUCUGUGACUGAAGUUAGGAGUUUCGUGGGGCUCGCCAGCUACUAUCGUCGGUUUGUGAAUAUGUUUGCUUCUAUCGCAAUGCAUUUUACAAGGUUGACUAAAAAGAAGGUGCCUUUCAAGUGGACUGACAAAUGUGAAGAGCGUUUUCAUAAGCUCAAGACUCUUCUAACCACAGAACGUAUUAUGACCUUGCCGGUGGAAGGUUAA